CGCGGGGGCGCGGGCGCGAGGCCGCCCGGCGGGGCCGCGCGUAGGAGGUACCGGAGGAGGAGCGCUGCCCGCCGGUGCCGCCGCUCGGUGCGGGUCAGGGAUCGCAGGAGCGGCCAAGCCGCGGCCUGGAACAAAGAGGCGGGCGCGGCGCGAUGGCGGACCGCAGCCUGGAGGGCAUGGCGCUGCCGCUGGAGGUGCGGGCGCGGCUGGCCGAGCUGGAGCUGGAGCUGUCGGAAGUUUCAGCCACUGAGCCUCUUGCUAACUGUGUCCUCCGGUCCUUCGUGCCUUCCCCGAUUGCUGCUCCGUCGCGGGUUCCCUCUGUGGCCGUCCCUCCGUUGGACACACGUGUCUUUCUCCCACAGAUGUCAGUCUCAGGGAAGCCCAUGCCUGUGCCAUGUGACAUCACACAAAAAGGAUAUGAAAAGAAGAGGUCGAAAUUAAUUGGUGCCUACCUGCCCCAACCUCCAACAGCGAACGGAGCUGCGGUGGCCCGGUGUAGACUGCAGCACAGUGAAGGCGCCCCGAGGAGAACGCCACACUCCGGCCACAUCGGGGUGUGUGACAUCAGAGAAGCCGCUGGCAGGGAGCGGGUGGCCAGCACCGCGGGAAACCGGCCUCUGUUUUACUUUCGUUUCGGGGUGGAUCAAGCUUUGCCGCCAGAACGCCGGGCUCCAGUUACUCCUUCCUCUUCCUCUCGCUAUCACCGCCGAAGGUCCUCAGGGUCACGAGAUGAGCGCUAUCGGUCAGACGUCCACACAGAAGCUGUUCAGGCAGCGCUUGCGAAACACAAAGAAAGGAAGAUGGCAGUGCCUAUGCCUUCCAAACGCAGGUCCUUGGUGGUGCAGACCUCGAUGGAUGCCUACACACCUCCAGAUACCUCCUCUGGUUCUGAAGACGAAGGCUCCGUGCAGGGGGACUCCCAGGGGACGCCUACCUCCAGCCAGGGCAGCAUCAACAUGGAGCACUGGAUCAGCCAGGCCAUCCAUGGCUCCACCACCUCCACAACCUCUUCCUCAUCCACCCAAAGUGGGGGCAGUGGUGCCGCCCACAGGCUGGCCGAUGUCAUGGCCCAGACGCACAUAGAAAAUCACUCUGCACCUCCUGAUGUAACCACGUACACCUCAGAACACUCGAUACAAGUAGAAAGGCCACAGGGCUCGACGACAUCGCGGACAGCACCAAAGUACGGCAACGCUGAGCUCAUGGAGACCGGCGAUGGAGUGCCAGUAAGUAGCCGGGUAUCCGCAAAAAUUCAACAGCUUGUCAAUACCCUCAAACGACCGAAACGGCCGCCAUUACGGGAAUUCUUCGUCGAUGACUUCGAAGAAUUAUUAGAAGUUCAACAACCAGAUCCGAACCAGCCAAAGCCGGAGGGAGCACAGAUGUUGGCCAUGCGAGGGGAGCAGCUGGGUGUGGUUACAAAUUGGCCCCCAUCUUUAGAAGCCGCAUUACAGCGAUGGGGGACCAUCUCACCAAAGGCCCCAUGCUUGACCACGAUGGACACAAAUGGGAAACCUCUGUACAUCCUCACUUACGGCAAACUGUGGACAAGAAGUAUGAAGGUUGCUUACAACAUUCUGCAUAAAUUAGGUACAAAGCAAGAACCGAUGGUGCGACCUGGAGAUAGGGUGGCUCUGGUGUUCCCCAACAACGACCCUGCUGCGUCCAUGGUGGCCUUCUACGGCUGCCUGCUGGCCGAGGUUGUUCCUGUGCCCAUAGAAGUACCACUCACAAGAAAGGACGCAGGAAGCCAGCAGAUCGGCUUCCUGCUUGGCAGCUGUGGAGUUACCGUUGCCUUGACGAGUGAUGCCUGCCACAAAGGACUGCCGAAGAGCCCGACGGGGGAGAUCCCCCAGUUCAAAGGUUGGCCAAAGUUAUUAUGGUUUGUCACAGAGUCAAAACAUCUCUCCAAACCUCCUCGAGACUGGUUCCCACACAUUAAAGACGCAAAUAAUGACACCGCAUAUAUCGAGUAUAAGACGUGCAAGGAUGGAAGUGUGCUUGGGGUGACCGUGACAAGGAUUGCACUGCUGACCCACUGCCAGGCUCUCACACAGGCGUGCGGCUACACAGAAGCUGAAACAAUUGUGAAUGUGUUGGAUUUCAAGAAAGACGUUGGGCUCUGGCAUGGAAUCCUAACAAGCGUCAUGAACAUGAUGCACGUGAUCAGCAUCCCGUACUCGCUGAUGAAGGUGAACCCGCUCUCCUGGAUCCAGAAGGUCUGCCAGUACAAAGCAAAAGUGGCCUGUGUCAAGUCCAGGGACAUGCACUGGGCGUUGGUAGCACACAGGGAUCAGAGAGACAUCAACCUUUCCUCUCUGCGGAUGCUGAUCGUAGCCGACGGCGCAAACCCCUGGUCCAUUUCUUCCUGUGACGCAUUUCUCAAUGUCUUUCAAAGUAAAGGCCUGCGCCAGGAGGUCAUCUGUCCCUGUGCCAGCUCUCCAGAGGCACUCACUGUGGCCAUUCGCAGGCCCACAGAUGACAGCAACCAGCCCCCGGGCCGGGGCGUCCUCUCCAUGCACGGGCUGACUUACGGGGUCAUCCGGGUGGACUCGGAAGAAAAGCUGUCUGUGCUCACUGUACAGGACGUUGGCCUGGUGAUGCCUGGAGCCAUCAUGUGCUCCGUGAAGCCAGACGGGAUCCCUCAGCUGUGCAGAACCGAUGAAAUCGGGGAGCUCUGCGUGUGCGCGAUUGCUACGGGCACAUCCUAUUACGGCCUCUCCGGCAUGACCAAGAACACCUUCGAGGUAUUCCCUGUGACGAGCUCAGGGGCCCCAGUCAGCGAGUACCCCUUCGUGAGGACAGGUCUACUGGGCUUCGUUGGCCCCGGAGGGCUCGUCUUUGUGGUGGGCAAGAUGGAUGGGCUUAUGGUGGUCAGUGGACGCAGACAUAACGCCGACGACAUCGUGGCCACAGCGCUGGCCGUGGAGCCCAUGAAGUUUGUCUACAGGGGAAGAAUAGCUGUGUUCUCAGUGACUGUCCUGCACGAUGAGAGGAUAGUGAUCGUGGCUGAGCAGCGGCCCGACUCCACGGAGGAGGACAGCUUCCAGUGGAUGAGCCGGGUGCUCCAGGCGAUCGACAGCAUCCAUCAAGUUGGGGUUUAUUGUCUGGCCUUGGUUCCUGCAAACACCCUCCCCAAGACUCCACUUGGUGGGAUCCAUUUGUCAGAAACGAAGCAGCUUUUUCUGGAGGGCUCGCUUCACCCCUGCAAUGUCCUGAUGUGCCCUCACACUUGUGUCACAAACCUGCCUAAACCUCGACAAAAACAGCCAGAAAUCGGCCCUGCCUCUGUGAUGGUGGGGAACCUGGUGUCUGGGAAGAGGAUUGCGCAGGCCAGCGGCAGAGACCUUGGUCAGAUAGAAGACAAUGACCAGGCCCGGAAGUUCCUGUUCCUCUCGGAAGUCCUGCAGUGGAGGGCUCAGACCACCCCUGACCACAUCCUCUACACGCUGCUCAACUGCAGGGGUACAAUAGCAAACUCGCUGACGUGCGUCCAGCUGCAUAAACGAGCGGAGAAGAUAGCCGUGAUGCUGAUGGAGAGAGGGCGGCUGCAAGAUGGGGACCAUGUUGCCCUUGUCUACCCUCCAGGAAUAGACCUUAUUGCAGCAUUUUACGGUUGCCUGUAUGCAGGCUGUGUGCCAAUUACUGUCCGCCCCCCACACCCACAGAAUAUUGCAACAACGCUGCCCACCGUGAAGAUGAUUGUGGAGGUGAGUCGCUCUGCCUGCCUAAUGACAACACAACUGAUCUGUAAAUUGUUACGGUCCAGGGAGGCAGCUGCAGCCGUCGAUGUCAGGGCGUGGCCCCCCAUACUGGACACAGAUGAUUUGCCAAAGAAGCGGCCGGCCCAGAUCUACAAACCCUCCAACCCCGACACGCUGGCUUACCUGGAUUUCAGUGUGUCCACAACUGGAAUGUUAGCUGGAGUGAAGAUGUGUCACGCAGCCACCAGUGCCUUCUGCCGAUCCAUUAAGCUACAGUGUGAGCUCUACCCCUCUAGAGAAGUGGCCAUCUGCUUGGACCCUUACUGUGGACUUGGGUUUGUUCUGUGGUGCCUCUGCAGCGUGUACUCUGGGCACCAGUCCAUUCUCAUUCCACCUUCUGAGCUGGAAACCAACCCUGCCUUGUGGCUUCUGGCCGUCAGUCAGUACAAAGUCCGGGAUACGUUUUGCUCCUAUUCGGUGAUGGAACUUUGUACCAAGGGGCUAGGCUCCCAGACAGAAUCCCUCAAGGCACGAGGACUGGACUUGUCCCGUGUGAGGACCUGUGUGGUGGUGGCAGAAGAACGACCUAGAAUAGCACUCACCCAGUCCUUCUCAAAACUCUUCAAAGACCUGGGCCUCCAUCCACGGGCUGUUAGCACCUCAUUUGGCUGUAGAGUGAACCUGGCCAUUUGCUUGCAGCCCCACAGACUGUGGAAGCUGGCCGAGCAGGGGACCUCAGGACCUGAUCCCACCACCGUCUAUGUUGACAUGAGAGCUCUGAGGCAUGACAGAGUCCGCUUAGUGGAAAGAGGGUCCCCUCACAGCUUGCCACUUAUGGAAUCAGGAAAAAUACUUCCAGGGGUUCGGAUCAUAAUUGCCAAUCCAGAAACAAAAGGACCGUUGGGAGACUCACACCUGGGCGAGAUCUGGGUACACAGCGCCCACAACGCCAGUGGUUACUUCACUAUUUAUGGAGACGAGUCCCUCCAGUCAGAUCAUUUUAGCUCCAGAUUAAGUUUUGGAGACACCCAGACCAUCUGGGCUCGAACAGGCUAUUUGGGGUUCCUGCGGAGAACUGAGCUCACAGACGCAAAUGGAGAGCGCCAUGAUGCACUGUACGUGGUGGGAGCCCUGGACGAGGCCAUGGAGCUGCGUGGGAUGCGGUACCACCCCAUAGACAUCGAGACUUCUGUCAUUCGAGCCCACAAGAGCGUCACAGAGUGUGCUGUGUUCACCUGGACAAAUUUGUUGGUGGUUGUGGUUGAGCUUGAUGGGUCAGAGCAAGAAGCCUUGGACCUGGUCCCCUUGGUGACCAAUGUGGUCCUGGAGGAACACUACCUGGUGGUGGGGGUGGUGGUCGUGGUGGACAUCGGCGUCAUCCCCAUCAACUCCCGGGGAGAGAAGCAGCGCAUGCACCUGCGAGACGGGUUUUUGGCAGACCAGCUGGACCCCAUCUACGUGGCCUACAACAUGUAGCCUGGUCUCUGGCUCCCGCAGACUGUUCUAGAGAUGUAAACGCUUUUCUCAGUGUCACUAAAGUGUGCAGACGCAGGGCGACAUUCGCCGAAACGUGACCUGUUUCACACAGUGGAGCGGAGGAGACUUCCCACAGCGGUCCUGACUGGCAUGGAGAACGGAGAUGUGAAUGACCACCGAGGUUUGCGCAGAAGGGCCUCGCAUUACUGCCUUCAGUUUGUUGGAAAAGCCCAUUUCAAAACUUUUUUUUUAGUUAUUGGAUAAUAAGUGCUUUCUUCGUAAAUGUGGUAUUUUGUUAAGCCAAAAUAGCAAAUUAAAAAAUAUUUGCCCUCCAGAUGGGUUCUUUUAAACGAUUUAUGUAGCGUUGACAAAGAAUUGUUUUUUCUGUUUUAAUGUGUCAUGACAUCUUAAUGACAUGGACCUGUUACUACUUUAAGCCAUUGCUAGAACUCAUCCUUUUAGGAAAGUCUGCUGAGGUACGAGAAAACCUUCCAAAUAGCACCUUCCGAUUAGACGUCCACAGCUUUGUCAGAGAUGUGCUGAAGAAACGGAGGCCCACACACGGCCUUCGGCAAUAGCAUAGAAUGAGAAGAAAUUAUAAAUAAGGUGUAUUUCAGCAAUUAUCUUGCAGAUAUCUUUGUACUAAACUAAAAAGAUAAAAUAAGUUAACUUCUUCAGAUGUAAUUAUGUACAAAAACGUUUAAUUUAUUUUGAUCUCUUUAGAAGUAUAAAAGAGAAAAACAUUCAAGAAUAUUAAAGUCUUGUAAUGUUUGCUAAUAUAAAAAAAGUGUUGUAUUAUCUUGCGUGGAUAGUAUCACAACAAAUAUAUAUAUAUGAAACAUAAAUUCACUAAUGAACAAAGGAGAUUUUAAAGUUUAAAAUGCAGAACCUGUCACUUGCAUGGUGUCCCCUCCACUGUACUGUAGAUCAGAGAGAUUCUCUCACAUCCGCUUUGCUGGUGGGAGCCAUCAGAUUGCCAGGAGCCCAGUCUAAGCAUCUCUUCUAGAACCAGAAACCAGCAAGUGAAAUCACUGAAAAUUAUCUCAAAGGCGGUGAAGGAAUGUGAGGUGAGCCGUGCCUGUGGUUCCCUUUACUGCAGGGGUGACACUGGACGGCGUGACCAGGACAAGCUCACGGCCCUGAGCACGCUCGGGAGGCAGGCAGCCAACAGCGCCGUUCUCUGAGCUGCAAGAAUUCGCUGCACAAGGUUUUUCAUCAUUUGUGUUAGCGUCACCCCUUUCUGGUCCUUGGUAUGAAAAGGAACGCUCUCCUGAGGUCACUGGCACCCGGUUGCGGUGAUACCCCCCUGACGCCCACUGUGUGGAGUGGACAGUGCUCAAAACAGCUUUACGGGAAAAGACUCACCAAGGAGAUCGUCACUUUGGACAGCUCUCAGGGGUUCCCCAGCCCGUGUGAGCAAAACCCACAGGGACACCACACAAGCUGCCCGGGAUCACCCCCCAGCGCCACUGGCUAGAGCGAGAAAGCCUCACAGCUGCCUUCACGUUGCCACCUGUGGAUCACAUGUUUCUGAUUUUAGUCUCUAGCUGCUGCCUCCCAGGUCUUCUCAUUUCCAGGGUCAUCUGUACACUCCUUAAUGAAUCGGCCCGUCUGUGUCCAGCCAAGAGGAGGUGUCAGCUCCCCAACUGUGACUUACCUGGUAGUUGCCCAGGAUGGCCCCGCGGUGGCUCUCACUGCUGGAUGUUCAUGACUGAGACUGUCACUAGGCCAGAUUCCGAUUCUCUGUCCAUUCUCCCAGGCGAUGUCUUUAUCUGCCUUUGCUGUAUGCGCCAGCAGUAAGCCCUUCGCUAAAAGAGAGUUUUGUUUGACUUCUGAGAUCCAAGGCGAAUUGUUUUUUAAAAAUUUAAGUGGCAUAUUUUUUUAAAUUUGUCUGCAUGUGGGAUGCAACCUUCCAUCACCACAAAUCAUUUGGCUUUUACAAUAUUGUUUGACUCCAUUGCUACCUGUGAAUAUUUCUCUACAUGCUUCAGAUACACAUUCCUACAGUCUUCUUCUUCCUUCGGGGAAAACCCCACCCACCACACACAGAAAAAAAGACAUUUUCUCACACUCACCCACCUUGUUUAAGGGAAGGGGGUUUAAGGUUUCAGGUAACACCCUGAGUAGAACACACAAUCGCAGGAUAACUCGUGACUCCAGCUGAGGUUGGAAGCAGCGAGCCCGGGGUCACGGCACACAUGGCCCUCACCGUCCCCGCGUCCGUUUUCCAGGCUAGGCGGCGAGGCUGUGCACACGCUAGUGUCACCGCUGGUGUCAGAGUUGAGGUCCAAAGGGUUGGGGGCCUGGGGUCAAAGCUCUGUUGUGCAAGAACAAGGGAAGGAGACACUUAAGUACCACCGUUUCAGCAAUAAAGAAGGAUCGUUCUGUAGUAGAAAUUAUACUGUAGAUAAAUCACUCAUGGGAAUGUAACAAAUGUUUGUCUUGUGACCUUGUGCUUUUGAAGUCAGACAAAACCAUGUGAUCAGCUUGCACAAAGGAGGAGGGUACACAAUGGACAUUGAAACACAGACCUAACCCAACAGGGCGGCUUCCUCAUGGUGCUUGUUUAUUAUAUAUAUUUAACCCUGCUUGACACUUUACCCCAGGGAAACCGUCCCUUUUAUCAGUUGAAUGUUAGCAGCGUUAUUUCAUAGAGUGUGGUGACUGGUUAGAGAAUUCAUGUACUCAACCAAUCACAGUUUCAAACAAAAUUUUUAUGUGCGAAGGACGGCAACCUUCUCGUAUGUUAAACCACCAGUAAGCUUUGUACAUCUGUGAUAACGCCUGUUUUAUAUUCAAAUGAACAAAUAAAAGCUUUUAUUUUUGUUGCUCUGAAAA